AUGUUCGAUAGACAACACCGCUCGAUGGACAUGGUCGGCUCGCUAUCGGACGCCAUGGAUGAUCUGCAGCCGCUUUCGAUAGCUACAAACUACCAGCAACCGUCGUCCUAUGGAGCACCUCGGAGUUCUGGGCCCCUAUCAAAUCCCACAGCCACCGGAUCAAGGUUUUGGAAUGAGAGCCGCUACGACACGGACAACCUGGCAGGAGGGCUGAGCUUACAACAAGAGUUCUCACAGUUGAAAGCCGACUACUCGGCCAACAUGGAGAAACUCAAUCAGACGAUGAACAGCAUCAAGCAGUUCUGGAGCCCGGAGUUGAAGAGGGAGAGGCAGAUGAGACGAGAAGAAGCCACCCGAAUAGCCCAGCUGGAGCGCAUGUUGGCAGCUGCCGGCGGGAGUGCGGCCAGUGUUGUUGGAGGGAAUGCUGCGCUUCAGAUGGAGAUCGCUGCCAGAGACGACCGUAUCCGGCAGCUGACCAACAUGCUAGACGAGCAGGGCCCUUCUACGAUGAUGGCGGCAAACGAGAUUCGAUACCGUGAGCUGGAGCAGACUGUCGAACACCUUCAGGAGAUGUUGAAGCAGGCACAUGCUGGGAAUGAGCGUCUUGCUCACAUGGAGGAAGAGCUGAAUCGUUAUCGUAACCUCCGUGCCCAGCAGCCUCGGGAUUUCACUGAUAAAACUGUCACCAAGCACGACAUCGUGACGAUGAAGUUGAAGAUGGAGCGGAGUGAGAUCGAGCUCAGCGAGCGUAAGCAGGAGCUGGCUGGGUGCCAGGCCCGAAUCCGCGACCUCGAGGACGAGAAUAUGGACCUGAAGUCGCAUAUGCACGUCUACCGGGAUAACACAUCGCAGCGGGACCAUACCAAUACAAUCCUUCAAGGAGAUGUUGAAGCGCUGCGGAAAAAGCUGGAAGCGAAAAAUCAGACCGUUGAGCAACGGGAGACCACCAUCACCCGGCUCGAGAAGGAGCUUCGCGAAAGCCGGCAUGAGGCGUUGGAUCGACUCGAAAAUGUUACUGAAAUCGACCGGAUGAAGCACCGACUCACUUCGCACCCAGAUGUCGUCAAGGAGAAGGAAUUCAACGACAAGAUUGAGAAACUAUCCGAAGAAAAGCGACUUCUCGAACGGUUAGUCGACGACAUCAGAAGAACUGGAGACAAGGAACGGCAACUUCAGCUCGAAACCUAUCAAAAAGAAGUGGAGCAGCUUAAAGGCACAGUCGACAACUUGCAGAAAGAACUAACGGAUCGCGAUAUUCUACUCGAAUCUCAAAACGAAAAGAUCGGCGAUCUGGGUCGGGAAGUUCAAUCUGCCAAAGAUCGCCUCCAAGCUGCGAUGGUCGAUAAAGGAGCGGACGAGUUGAGAAAAGAGGUGAGCCACGUGUUU